CUCUUUCUCUCUCUCUCUCUCUCUCUCUCUUUUUGUCUUCGACUGUUCGAAGUUCUUCUUCUUCUUUCUUCUUCUCUCUUUUUAUCUCUGUGUUCCCUGAUUCAGUCACAUCCACAAUCUCUCUUUUGUAGGGGUUUUAAAAAAAAGUUUAUCAUCUCAGGUUGUGAUUUUUUUUCCUUUUUCUUUAAACUUUUAUAAUAUUUCGAUUGUUCUUAGUAUUUUAGUUUCUUGAUUCAAACCUAUGAUUGACUUGUGUACUGUGUUUCUUUUUAAUAAAAAGAUUUCCUUUUUAGAAAAUUUUAUCAUCAUCAUUAUCUUCUCUGUGGAAUUAAUUCUUAUAACCAAGAAAAAUAAAAAGAACACUUUAUGUAUAUAUCUCAUGGUUUCAUCAUCAUCAUGCUCUGUUUUUUUUUUUUAUGGUUGCGUCACUGAUUGAAGUGGAAAGUUUCAUCUGUACGAAAAAUAAGAUUAAUUUAGGGUUUUGAUAUCUUCUUUUACCUAGAUUUAGGGAUUUCUGGGUUUCUUUUCUUGAAUUCAUCAGUAAUUGCGGCGUAAAGAAUAUGAUGUUUUAACCAUUUCAAAGAUUUGUUCUUUUAUUACUUAUCUAUCCACAAUUCAAGUUUUAAACUUACACGUCUCUCUCUCUCUCUCUCUCUUCUCUCUUUCAGACAAAAGAUUCAAUCGGAUGUAAACAACAUUUUUUUAUAUCUUUUUUACAUUACAAAACACACACAAAUCCAUGGCUGUGUAUUAUCCAAACAGUGUCGGCAUGCAAUCUAUGUAUCAUGAAUCCAUUUACCUCAACGAACAACAACAACAAGCUUCUUCUUCCUCUGCUGCAUCUUUCUCCGAGAUUGUCUCCGGCGAUGUUCGACACAACGAGAUGGUGUUUAUCCCACCAACAACAAGCGACGUUGCCGUCAACGGGAACGUUACUGUGUCAAGUAACGAUCUGAGUUUUCACGGUGGUGGUCUUUCUUUAAGCCUUGGUAAUCAGAUCCAGUCAGCUGUCUCUGUCUCUCCGUUUCAGUACCAUUACCAGAACCUUUCGAACCAACUGAAUUACAAUAAUGCUUCUACUAUGUCGUCGGAUGAGAAUGGGAAGAGCUUGAGUGGUCAUCAUCAUUAUCAUCAACAGCAACAGCAUCACUCUGACCAAAUGAUACCUUCCUCUGGUUACAACAACAACAAUGGUGUUGGAUUCUACAACAAUUACCGAUACGAGACAUCAGGGUUUGUGAGUAGCGUUCUGAGAUCUCGUUACCUUAAACCAACUCAGCAGUUGCUUGAUGAAGUUGUUAGCGUCAGGAAAGAAUUGAAAUUGGGGAAUAAGAAGAUGAAGAACGAUAAAGGUCAAGACUUUCAAAAUGGGUCGAGUGAUAAUAACAUUAAAGAAGAUGAGAAACCGCAACCGCAACCGCAGGAGUUAUCUCCUUCAGAACGUCAGGAGUUACAGAACAAGAAGAGCAAGCUCUUAACAAUGGUGGAUGAGGUAGAUAAAAGGUAUAACCAAUACCACCAUCAAAUGGAAGCUUUAGCUUCGUCUUUCGAGAUGGUAACAGGUCUUGGAGCAGCUAAGCCUUACACAUCCGUCGCUCUGAAUAGAAUCUCUCGUCAUUUCCGUUGCUUGCGGGACGCGAUAAAAGAGCAGAUUCAGGUAAUCAGAGGGAAGCUUGGUGAGAGAGAGACUUCUGAUGAACAAGGUGAGAGGAUACCACGUCUUAGGUAUUUAGAUCAACGGUUGAGACAACAAAGAGCUUUACAUCAACAGCUUGGAAUGGUUAGACCAGCUUGGAGACCACAAAGAGGCUUACCUGAAAACUCUGUCUCUAUACUCCGCGCUUGGCUCUUUGAGCAUUUCCUUCACCCAUAUCCUAAGGAAUCAGAGAAAAUCAUGCUUUCAAAGCAGACAGGACUAUCGAAAAAUCAGGUUGCAAACUGGUUUAUUAACGCGAGAGUUCGACUAUGGAAACCGAUGAUCGAAGAGAUGUAUAAAGAAGAGUUUGGAGAUUCAGAGUUAGAGACUAACUCUAAUCAAGACAACAACAAAAUGCAAGAAACUUCUCAGCUCAAACACGAGGAGUCUUCUUCACAACAACAGAAUCAAGGAAACAACAACAACAACAUCGCAUAUACAUCUGAUGCAGGAGAGAAUCUCGUGUUUGCAGAUCCGAAACCAGACCGUGCUACCACUGCAGAGUACGACAGCUUGAUGAACUAUCAUGGGUUUGGUAUUGAUGAUUACAAUCGCUACGUUGGCCUUGGAAACCAGCAAGAUGCCAGAUUCUCUAAUCCCCAUCAAUUACACGACUUUGUUGUCUGAAAAGCUUCAGGGCUUUUUCACAACCUUUAUUGGGGAGUAUGAUUCUUGAAGCGCAAGAAAACGCGCUCUUCGCAUUUUUAUAGAUAGGGGUUAUAUAAGUACACCUUAUACGUAUAUCUGUAAUAUUUGUUGUGGCAUAUAAAAGAAAAAAAAAAGAUAGAUUUUGUGAAAACUGUAGGUGUUAGUCUUCACAUUUGUAUAUGAAACUGAGCCUUGUGAACACUUUGGUAAGCCAAUAUUGUAAUGUUUUGUGUAUA